ACCAACCGACCGAGGGAGGGAGCGGAGGAAAGUCCGACGCAGACAUACGGGGUUAAUCUCUAGAAACAGAGCGGUAAACCGACUCAAAGUCUGACAAGAGAAGUUCUGUUUUUUUUGCUGAAGCCACCCUUCUCCUCGGCUUCACCUCUUUCGCUCGUAGAAACAAAUGUGGGAUAGUGAUUUGAGUUGACAAGCCCGCUCCACUACUGUAUCUCCUCUCUGCCCCCUCCUACCCCUCCUCCUCUCCCGCUCCACACAACCAGGAAAUCGUCGAGGUGUGCUUCUUUAUCCCGCUGGUGGCUACCCCGUUUGCGGGUGUAGAUGCGCUUUUUUUGUCGCCGAUUUUUCUCGUUUUUUUAUUUCACCGGUUUGACUUUUAAAGCCGGGCUUCAGCUCUGAAGUCAGCCAAACUUGCCUACGAGGAGAGGAUCUCCACUCUGGCAGAACAAUGAGUGAGUCCAGUAUUUGCCAGGCUCGGGCCACUGUGAUGAUCUAUGACGAUGGCAAUAAGAAGUGGCUUCCGGCGGGCGCUGGAGCCCAGACCUUCAGCAGAGUCCAGAUCUAUCACAACCCCUCCAACAAUGCCUUCAGGAUAGUGGGACGCAAGAUGCAGACAGACCAGCAGGUGGUUAUAAAUUGUCCAAUUGUGAGAGGUCUCAAGUAUAAUCAGGCCACACCCAAUUUCCACCAGUGGCGGGAUGCCCGGCAGGUGUGGGGGCUCAACUUUGGCAGCAAGGAGGAUGCUACUCUAUUUGCCAAUUGCAUGGCUCACGCUCUGGAGGUGCUCAACUCCAUGGCAGACGCAGGCUAUGCAACCCUCCCACGCCCGGUGUCAAAUGGUCCGUCUCCAGAAGAGCUUGAACAACAGCGGAGGUUGGAGCAGCAGAGGUCGGAACAGCAGGAACGGGAACGACAGGAGAGAGAAAGACAAGAGCGGGAGCGGCAGGAAAGAGAGAGACAGGACAGAGAAAGACAAGCGGCUGCAGUCCCUAUUCCUCCAGCUCCACCGUUGGCCCCUGGAGGCCCUGCUCCACCACCGGCCCCUCCUCCACCCCCUGGGCUGCCUCCAGCCGCUGGCAUCCCUCCGCCACCAGGACCACCCCCCUCCGGACCUCCGCCAGCCCCGCCCCUGCCAGCUGCAGGAGGAGGAGGUGGCCUUGGUGGUGGGGGAAUUGGAGGUGGUGGGGGAUUGGCAGCUGCCCUAGCAGGAGCUAAACUCCGCAAAACAUCUAAGCAGGAGGACACAGGCUCUGCAGCUCCAAUAGGCAGAGGUGACCCCAGCCGCAGCAGCAACUCCUCUAUUGGAGGAGGAGGAGGAGGGGGAGGUGGAGGCGGUCUGAUGGGUGAGAUGAGUGCCAUCUUGGCACGAAGGAGGAAAGCUGCAGACACUGGAGAGAAGCCACCUGUGAAGCCACAAGAUAAUGAUGAUUCAGAGCCUCAAGGUCAAAGCGACACCCUGAGAAGACCUUGGGAAAAAUCGUCUAUGACCAGGAAUAACUCCAUCGCCAAGAACAUGGACUCCACUCCCUCAUUGUCCCAAGGUUCCAGGGUGAAGCCAGCGAGCAACAGUAAUGAUGCAGGUGGAAUGGAUGACUCAGAUUUAGAGAAAAUGAAACAGGAGAUCCUCGAGGAGGUGCGGAAAGAACUACAAAAAGUCAAGGAGGAAAUUAUUGGAGCCUUUAUUCAGGAGCUGCAAAAGAGAAGCACAUAGUUCUGCUGAGUGUCAGGUGUAAUGGAGGGAUGUGAUAGAUGGAGGUGGCUGAGGCCCGUUGGGACUGCUCCUCCACUGCACCCUCCCAUGUAGCCCAGGGAUUUCUCUUUUUCACCUACACAUUUUCUCUUUAUCUCUCUCUUUCUCUUACACAAACACACAUGAGCAUACUUGCUUAUGUGUACAACAUGCAUAUUCACUUCAUGUAAAUGGUAACCCAGGGAACCUCCUCACGUCGCCAUCUGGCACUUUUGAUGAUCACUCACUAAUAUUGCAGCGGUGAUCCCAUCUAUCCCAUCUCUCCCCUGUUCAUUCAUCCCGUCCCCUCGUGUCCUCUAUGUGCUCUAUUCAUCGGAACAAAUUCAGAGCACAUAGCUACAGCCACAGUUGCUCUUCCAGUUCGUCAUUGUGUAGACUCAUCAUAACCCUCUUUUCUGCAGAAAUCCUGCUACUUGUGUCUUCUCCCUUCUGCUAUCAGACACACCAUUUACUGAUAGAGCAGUCUUCAGUAUUCAGGGACAACUUAUCAAAUUUUUUACUGUAAUAGCAAGAUGCUGGCAUGCUGGGAUCCUUGUUUCUCUUGUUCUCAGUUGACAAAUUAUUGUUCAACCUCAAACACUGCUACAGAUGGUUCAGCUCAGACAUCCUCUAGCAGUUUAUUGCCUCUGAUGGUAGUUAGAGGGUGGAGUAAACAACAAUAAUCGAGGAUGGAUCAGAAGCCCCACCUCCCUGACUACUGCAGUGUCUCUCCAUCAAGUGGACUUUGAGCUCCCGGCAAUGGCUAAGAACCAAAACAGCACAACACAAGCCUUCACUGCUGCAAGAUAGAGAAGUUAGAGGAAGAGGAGACAAGCAGAGGGAAUCUGAUGGACAACCUGAGUGCUGUGAAAGAGGAGUGCGUUGUAGUUUUAUGAUGUGUGAGAAAUUUAUUCUCUGCAUUGCACUUGUUCCAGAGGAAGUGUGUCUGCGUGCCACACUGCCUUGACAGACUAUUCCCUCUAACUCAAAAUGAGAUAUUAUUUGUUGGCCAGUGCAGUGGUCCCACACUGUGCUUCAGCUAGUCAUUUUCUUCCAUUCUAGCUAUGUUUUCUAACUUUGAAACAUGAAAAUUGGCCGUGAUGAGGUCAAUUAAUUUGGCCAUGACCAACUGCCUUGAGGAUAAAUAUAUAGAUACAUAGAUAUAUAUAUAUAUAUAUACACAUAUAUAUAUAUAAGGAAAAAAAUAUAUUUGUUUUGAGGGAAAAUGUUAGCAAAAAUGAAAAGGUGUUUCUAUUUUAAUUGAAGUGACUGGUGAAUGGGGAUUUUGUUUUCCUUUUUUUUUUUUUUUUUUUCAAUGAUUGUUUUCUUAUGAAAUGUUAUUUUGGGUUUACUGUUUCUUUUUUCUAUUAGAAUCUAGGCUUUUUACACUGAAAUAUUAAGAAAACAGCUUAGAGACACUGGAUUAGAAAUGCCUUUAUAGUCGAAUACAGCUGCUUCUUGAAAUGCAUCACUUUGUCUUGAGUCAUCUUUUGUGUCCUGUUGUAAGAUUUCUCUGAAUUCUGAAUUUUGAAUUAAAUUGGAUUAACUGUGGGGUGUAUCAUGCAAACUUA